CCUGCCUUCCCCUGCACCCUCCUUCCUCCCUCCGCCCGGGAGCUCUACCCGGUCCCCGGCGCCGCCUCCUUCCCUCCCGGCUCCCCGCUCCCGUGGCUGCCGCCGCCCCGGGGAAGGAGAGACAGGGGUGGGGUUUGGGGGAAGCGAGAGAGGAGGGGAGAGACCCUGGCCGGGCUGGAGCCUGGAUUCUAGGGGAGGAGGGACGGGAGGAGGAGGAAGGUGGAGGAGAAAGGAGGGGGGAGCGGGGAGGAGAGGCCGGGCCUGGGGCCUUGAGGCCCGGGGAGAGCUGGGGAGCCGGGCCGGCGCGCCGAGAUGCUGCUGCUGCUGCUGCUACUGGCGCCACUCUUCCUCUGCCCCCCCGGCGCGGGCGGAGCGCAGACCCCCAACGCCACUUCAGAAGGUUGCCAGAUCAUACACCCGCCCUGGGAAGGGGGCAUCAGGUAUCGGGGCCUGACUCGGGACCAGGUGAAGGCUAUCAACUUCCUGCCGGUGGACUAUGAGAUUGAGUAUGUGUGCCGGGGGGAGCGCGAGGUGGUGGGGCCCAAGGUCCGCAAGUGCCUGGCCAACGGCUCCUGGACAGAUAUGGACACACCCAGCCGCUGUGUGAAUCGAACGCCACACUCAGAACGGCGCGCAGUGUACAUCGGGGCGCUGUUUCCCAUGAGCGGGGGCUGGCCAGGGGGCCAGGCCUGCCAGCCCGCGGUGGAGAUGGCGCUGGAGGACGUGAAUAGCCGCAGGGACAUCCUGCCGGACUAUGAGCUCAAGCUCAUCCACCACGACAGCAAGUGUGAUCCAGGCCAAGCCACCAAGUACCUAUAUGAGCUGCUCUACAACGACCCCAUCAAGAUCAUCCUCAUGCCUGGCUGCAGCUCUGUCUCUACGCUGGUGGCUGAGGCUGCUCGGAUGUGGAACCUCAUUGUGCUUUCCUAUGGCUCCAGCUCACCAGCCCUGUCAAACCGGCAGCGUUUCCCCACUUUCUUCAGAACGCAUCCAUCAGCCACACUCCACAACCCCACCCGUGUGAAACUCUUUGAAAAGUGGGGCUGGAAGAAGAUUGCCACCAUCCAGCAGACCACUGAGGUCUUCACUUCGACUCUGGACGACCUGGAGGAACGAGUGAAAGAGGCUGGAAUCGAGAUUACUUUCCGCCAGAGUUUUUUCUCAGAUCCAGCUGUGCCUGUCAAAAACCUGAAGCGCCAGGAUGCCCGAAUCAUCGUGGGACUCUUCUAUGAGACUGAAGCUCGGAAAGUUUUUUGCGAGGUAUACAAGGAGCGUCUCUUUGGGAAGAAGUAUGUCUGGUUCCUCAUUGGGUGGUAUGCUGACAAUUGGUUCAAGAUCUACGACCCUUCUAUCAACUGCACGGUGGAUGAGAUGACUGAGGCAGUGGAAGGCCACAUCACCACUGAGAUUGUUAUGCUGAAUCCUGCCAACACUCGCAGCAUUUCUAACAUGACAUCCCAGGAAUUUGUGGAAAAACUAACCAAGCGACUGAAAAGACACCCUGAGGAGACAGGAGGCUUCCAGGAGGCACCGCUGGCCUACGAUGCCAUCUGGGCCUUGGCAUUGGCCCUGAACAAGACAUCUGGAGGAGGCGGCCGUUCUGGCGUGCGCCUGGAGGACUUCAACUACAACAACCAGACCAUUACCGAUCAAAUCUACCGGGCAAUGAACUCCUCGUCCUUUGAGGGUGUCUCUGGCCAUGUGGUGUUUGAUGCCAGCGGCUCUCGGAUGGCAUGGACACUUAUCGAGCAGCUGCAGGGUGGCAGCUACAAGAAGAUUGGCUAUUAUGACAGCACCAAGGAUGAUCUUUCCUGGUCCAAAACAGAUAAGUGGAUUGGAGGGUCCCCCCCAGCUGACCAGACCCUGGUCAUCAAGACAUUCCGCUUCCUGUCACAGAAACUCUUUAUCUCCGUCUCAGUUCUCUCCAGCCUGGGCAUUGUCCUAGCUGUUGUCUGUCUGUCCUUUAACAUCUACAACUCACAUGUCCGUUAUAUCCAGAACUCACAGCCCAACCUGAACAACCUGACUGCUGUGGGCUGCUCACUGGCAUUAGCUGCUGUCUUCCCUCUUGGGCUGGAUGGUUACCACAUUGGGAGGAACCAGUUCCCUUUCGUCUGCCAGGCCCGCCUCUGGCUCCUGGGCCUGGGCUUUAGUCUGGGCUAUGGCUCCAUGUUCACCAAGAUUUGGUGGGUCCACACGGUGUUCACAAAGAAGGAAGAAAAGAAGGAGUGGAGGAAGACUCUGGAGCCCUGGAAGCUGUAUGCCACCGUGGGCCUGCUGGUGGGCAUGGAUGUCCUCACUCUCGCCAUCUGGCAGAUCGUGGACCCUUUGCACCGGACCAUUGAGACAUUUGCCAAGGAGGAACCAAAGGAAGAUAUCGACGUCUCUAUUCUGCCCCAGCUGGAGCACUGCAGCUCCAGGAAGAUGAAUACAUGGCUUGGCAUUUUCUAUGGUUACAAGGGGCUGUUGCUGCUGCUGGGAAUCUUUCUUGCUUACGAGACUAAGAGUGUGUCUACUGAGAAGAUCAACGAUCACCGGGCCGUGGGCAUGGCUAUCUACAAUGUGGCAGUCCUGUGCCUCAUCACCGCCCCUGUCACCAUGAUUCUGUCCAGCCAGCAGGAUGCAGCCUUUGCCUUUGCCUCUCUUGCCAUAGUUUUCUCCUCCUAUAUUACUCUUGUUGUGCUCUUUGUGCCCAAGAUGCGCAGGCUGAUCACCCGAGGGGAAUGGCAGUCAGAGGCGCAGGACACCAUGAAGACAGGGUCAUCGACCAACAACAACGAGGAGGAGAAGUCCCGGCUGCUGGAGAAGGAGAACCGUGAACUGGAAAAGAUCAUUGCUGAGAAAGAGGAGCGUGUUUCUGAACUGCGCCAUCAACUCCAGUCUCGGCAGCAGCUCCGCUCCCGGCGCCACCCACCAACACCCCCGGACCCCUCUGGGGGCUUGCCCAGGGGACCCCCUGAGCCCCCCGACCGGCUUAGCUGUGAUGGUAGUCGAGUGCAUUUGCUUUAUAAGUGAGGGCAGGGUGAAGGGGGACAGGCCAGUAGGGGGAGGGAAAGGGAGAGGGGAAGGGCAGGGGACUCAGGAAGCAGGGGGUCCCCAUCCCCAGCUAGGAAGAACAUGCUAUCCAAUCUCAUCUCUUGUAAAUACAUGUCCCUCUGUGAGUCCUGGGCUGAUUUGGGUCUCUCAUACCUCUGGGAAACAGACCUUUUUCUCUCUUAACUGCUUCAUGUAAUUUUGUAUCACCUCUUCACCAUUAAGUUUGUACCUGGCUUGAAGCUGCUCACGUGCUGCCUCCUCAGCAGCCUCACUGCAUCUUUCUCUUCACAUCCAACACCCUCUUCUAGUUACCACGGCAACCCCUGCAGCUCCUCUGCCUUUGUGCUCUGUUCUUGUCCAGCAGGGGUCUCCCCACAAGUGCUCUUUCCACCCCAAAGGGGCCUCUCCUUUUCUCCUCUGUCAAUCUCUUUUCAUCUUACUUGCCAUUCCACACUUUCCUGUGUUUGGCUCCCCGUGAAUUUUGCUUCCUUUGGGGGCUCAUUCAUUUCGCCAAGGCUCACAUGCUCCUUGCCUCUGCUCUUUGUGCACUCAACGCUCAGCACACAUGCAUCCUUCCCUCCCCUGCGUGUGCCCACUGAACAUGCUCAUGUGCACGCGUGCUUUUCCCAUGUGCUUUCUUCAUGUUCAGUCACAUGUACAUUUACAGCUACGUGUGCCGCUCUCAUGGUCAUGGGUCUGCCUUUGAGUGUGUUUGGGUAGGCAUGUGCAAUUUGUUUAGCAUGCUGAGUCAUGUCUUUCCUGUUUGCACACAUUUCCCUGUGUACCCUCCAUGUACCUUGUGUACCUUCUUCCCUUAAAUCAUGGUAUUCUUCCAACAGAGCCAUACGCACCCUACCCUGCACAUUGUAUCCCCUCUACUCAUUGCAGCCUCUGUUUCUGCUCCGACUUCCCCCAUCUCCAUUGUAUUCAUGUACUACCCUCAGUCCACACUCACAGUCGACUUCUCCCAAGACUGUUCCCUUUUUUGUGUGUGUAUGUGUGUGUGUGUGUGUGUGUGUGUGUGUGUGUGUGUGUUUGAGGGAAAUUAAGGAAAAAGAAAUGGGGGCAGGUUUGGAGAGCUGCUUCCAGUGGAUAGUUGAGAAUCCUGACCAAAGGAAGGCACCCUUGACUGUUGGGAUAGACAGAUGGACCUAUGGGGCGGGAGGUGGCGUCCCUUUCACACUGUGGUGUCUGUUGGGGAAGGAUCUCCCCGAAUCUCAAUAAACCAGUGAACAGUGUGACUCGG